CGUCGAUUUCCGAGGGGUUGGCGCGCUCGUGCCGUAAAGUAAAGACGAAAAGAAAGCAGAUGCCGCAAAGUGGGCGCCGCUGAGGCUGGGCGGCCUCGGCCGGGGCAGGCGAGGUAAAUAAUCACACAGGAAUAAAGUGGCUAUCUAUGUUCAGUGAAACAUGAAAAUGGCCAGUCCUUUAAGAGGGGAAGUACUGAAUCUUUACAAAAAUCUGCUGCACCUGGGAAGGGAAUAUCCCAAAGGAGCAGACUACUUUAGAAGCCGUUUGAAGGCAGCUUUCCUAAAAAAUAAGGAAGUGAAAGAUCCUGAACAAAUUAAACAACUAAUUGCUCAAGGAGAAUUUGUUAUAAAAGAGUUAGAGGCCCUGUACUAUCUGAGAAAGUACAGAGCUAUGAAACAGCGCUACUACAAGGAUGACAAUGAGUGACCUAUAGCAUGGUUGAGUAUUCACAUGCAAUAAUACAGGCUUAAGUAAUUAGGAUGAAUGAAUAAAACAGAAAGAUUCUCUCAAAGGCAAUGAAAUGCAAGCCAUCUGACGUACAUGGGCGUAUCACAUCUGUAACUACUUCACUGCAUUUCAAGGGGUUACCUAAAUGAUUUGGCUAUCAGGAGUAUAAUGGCCAUGCAGGUGUAAUUUUAUAGUGACAGCUCAGAGAGUUGCUUAGUUGUUCUGUUCCUCCCUGAACUGAAGCUCAAUUUGUACAAAAAAAAAAAAAAAUGCUCUUGUAGAAAGUGCUCUUAGUGUGAGCCUCUUCCUUUCUCCACAUCAUUAAACUUACUGAACAGUGA